UAAUAGAAUCUAGUGGGGUUCGAAACGAGGGUUCGAAAGCAGGUCCAGAGCGUUCAGUUUCGAUCUCUGCUCUGCUUAUAAUAUGGAUAUGGAUCUCAUGGAUACAGAUAAUAUCAAUUAUAGACACGUUGCAGUGGUCAUCAAAGGCCCUUCGGGAUUUGGAUUUGCGUUAGGUGAGUCUGAGAUGGGCCCAAUAGUGAAGCAGAUCAUGGACCGCCCUCGCUGUGCCCAGCUACAAGAGGGAGAUGUCCUCGUAGAGGUAAACGGGGAGAGAGUGGGGGGCUAUAAUAACUCUGAUCUGGUCAAAGUUCUUAAGAGAUACCCCGAGAAAAACCAGGCCACCUUCCUUGUAAACAGGCAGCCUCCUGAGACCCAGCCCACCGAACAGGAUUUCGAGGCAGACCUUCAUGGAGAGGUGUGUGGCACCUACUUCAUUGAUCACGUGAACCGUAACACUCAGUAUGAGAACCCAGUGGCUGAAGCCAAACGACACUAUGCUGGCUCCCAGCUCCCUCAACGUACCAGUACCCAUGGGCAUAACAUGCGGCCACCACCCAUACAAGAACCCCCUCCCUCCAUAAAGUCUGCCGCAGCGCUGGAGAAACAGCGAGAAGCUAAAGCUGCUGCGAUGUGGCCUGACGCCAACCUUGCUGACCAGGGAGACGACUACCCCUACCCAUACCCACAGACCCAGCCCACCGAACAGGAUUUGGAGGCAGACCUUCAUGGAGAGGUGAUCUAUGUUAGUCUACAGAAAACAGUUUCUGGGUUCGGAUUCACUAUUAUCGGUGGAGAUCGUCCUGGAGAGCUGCUCCAAAUUAAAAGUAUUGUCCGUGGGAGUGUUGCUGAUCGUGAUGGUCGACUAUUAGUUGGUGAUGUAUUAGUACGAAUCAACGGAAUAUCAGUGCUCACAUACAACCACAGAAAGGUGGUGGACCUCGUCCAGAGCCUGCCUCUCAAUUCUGAUGUAUCCGUCGAAGUGAGGAGGGGCUAUCCGCUACAAGAAUUCCGUGGAGACGAGCUUCCCUCAUACCAUGAGUCCAGCCAUGGGUACAACGACUACCCUCCACCUCAGGACAACUACAACCAGCAUAACCAACAGCAACAGCACCAGCAACUUGAGCGAGUGGCAGUGCACAUCGUGAAGGGACCACUUGGGUUCGGAUUCGCUCUGGGUGAGUCUGAGAUGGGCCCAAUAGUGAAAGAGAUUGUGGACCACCCUCGCUGUGCCGAACUACAAGAGGGAGAUAUCCUCACGGAGGUAAACAGGGAGAGAGUGAGGGGCUACGAUCACUCUGAUCUGGUCACAGUCCUCAAGAGAUGUCCCAAGGGAAACCAGGCCACCUUCGUUGUAUUCAGACAGCCUCCUAAGGGUGAACUAAUGGGCAAUGGUGGGCCAUUCACCACGAUGGAAGUCUGCCUCCUGAGACAAGUCUCAGGCUUUGGAUUCAGGAUCAUAGGAGGGGAGGAGGAGGGAUGUCAGGCUACUGUGGAAGGUAUAGUGGCUGGUGGUGCAGCUGAUUUGGAUGGAAGAUUACAAAUUGGCGAUGAGAUCUCACACAUAAAUGGCAACUCUGUUAUCAAUGCCUCGCAUCGUGAAGUCAUUGGCCUGAUGGGAGAUGCAGCUGCUCUAGGGGAUGUGGUCCUGGGUAUUCGUAGGAGGAUGCCAAUGUCUGAGUCUGUGCCCUAUCCAAGCUCUCAGGAUUCCCUGAACUGUCAGGUGGAAGGGAUAUCUACUGACCUUGCUAGUGAUGAUGAGGAGAUCCAUCACAUUGACAUCCGGCGCAGCGGACGAGGCUUUGGGUUCAGUAUUCGUGGUGGAGCAGAGUACAACUCUCCACUGUGUGUGCUGAGGAUUGCUGAUGGAGGAGCAGCACAGGUUGAUAGGAGAUUGAGAGUAGGUGAUGAACUGCUUGAGAUCAACGGCAACAAUACAGAGAACAUGCUCCACUCUGAUACCAUCACCAUCAUCAAGCACGGAGGAGACGUGGUCAAGCUCAUUAUCAGGAGGGUGCCUGAUGAGCCAUUCAUUGGAGGCAAGUCUGAUGGUACUGUAUUCUCUCCAACUGCCAUGGAAGCCAAGGAUCUCUAUGCUCAGAAUUUCCUGGGGAGGAGGGGUCAUGAUGCUGAGCAGGGAAAGCAUCCAGAAGAAAGAGAGCGCCUCUACAAUGAAGCCUUGAAAGUAGGUUAUGUGUCUGUGAACACCUCGAAUGUCCUUCUCUUUGGAAUGGCCGGCACCGGAAAGACUUCCACCAAAAAUCUAAUUUUUGGCCUACCUCCCCCUGAAAAAAGAAACAGUACCCCAUUGGCUAAUGCAGCAGAGCGUUUACUUGUUCGUAAAAUUCGAAAUUUAAGUGGCACCAAAGUUCAAGCGACUCAGGACAGCUGGAAACCUGUCACUGCUGAUGAAUUAAAGCAGCAUAUAGCCGACUUAGUUCAAUCAUACGGGAAAAGCAUUUUAAGUGCACCGGAAGCCUCGGCUGAGAUAGCUACUAAAGUGCAACAUAUGUCUUUGAAGCCAGAAACAUCUACAACAGAUCCUAUAGAAAUUCAUUCUGAAAUCAAUCCUCCUCUGCAUGACGACAAAGCAGCGUCGACUGGGUCAAUCAUUCAUAUGCCCUCACAUGUAAAAUCUAUACCUGACCAACUGCCUUCACAUACUACUGUUAGUGAGGGAAAAGAAUACGAUGACAAGUUUUUACGAUACGUGGCUGAUCUUGUCUCAGAAAUCCAAUCUUUGGUUACUAUGACAACUGCUAGGGAAGUGUUUGGUUCGAAUUGGUUGUAUUUCAUUGAUAGUGGAGGUCAGCCUCACUUCUACAACCUUCUGCCACUUUUCAUUCAAGAUGUUUCUGUUGCAUUGUACGUUUUUCGACUCUCUGACCGACUAGAUGAUCGUCCAUUAGUCGAAUACUACAAGGAUGAUGUACCAGUAGGUGAUGCGUUUCGAUCUAAUCUUACGACUGCUGACAACUUCAAGUAUUUAGUUCAAUCGAUUCAAUCCCACAACAAAGAUUGUAGGCUGGUUUGCAUUGGUACACACUCGGACAAGGCUCACAAGUGCCGAGAAAAGUUAGAAGAUAAAAAUCGAUGUUUAUUUGAGCUGCUCCCUGAGAGUAUUGUUGAGAAGUGUCACUUUAACAAUGUGUGUGGAACAGAACAGUUGAUCUUGUGUAUUGACACUCAAGUACUUGGAUCUGAUCGUAAGAAAACUGCUGAUGCCGUCCGUGAAAUUAUUCGUGAAUGCCCUUGCAAAGAAAUCAAGGUACCAAUUUGGUGGUACAACCUCGAGAUCAUUAUUGAGAAAAUUUCUGUCGAAAAGGAUCAAAAAAUUCUCAGCUUUGAUCAAUGCCAAGUUGUAGCUCUUACUCUACAUUUUGAAAAAGAUGCCCUCAUAGAAGCUUUGAAGUUUUUUCACAAACAUCACAUUUUCCACUUCUAUCCUGAUGUCCUCCCCAACGUGUUGUUCUGUGACACGCAAGUUCUGUUAGACAAAGUAACAGAACUAGUUGAGUAUGCUUCCUAUCUGAGAGAUUCUAGUAAGACAGCUUCAGGCCAUGGAAAAAAAAUUCAGAUUCGAGAUAGAGGGAUUAUCACUCUUGACUUCCUGUCCACUUUUCCUAAGCACUAUGUAGAUGGUUUGUUUGGACCUGCCCAAUUGAUUGAGGUUUUUAAACAUCUUUUCAUUGCCACUCUUUUUGCUGGUCUAACAGAGUACUUCAUGCCGUCGCUCCUCGGUAUACUUUCUGAUGAUGAGUUAACAAUUCUGCGUAAAGCAUUGGAGAAGAAAUCAACACCUAUCUUUAUUCAGUUCAAGAAUGGCUGGCCUCGAUGUGGUGUAUUCUGUUGCCUUCAAGUGUACCUUAUUAAAGAAUGCCAUUGGUCACUUGGGAAGAUUUCAAGCAAGAAUAAACCAAAGCAGAAUAUCGCAAAGAUGUACCUCCCAAAUAGUCCUCAGUUAGUAACGAUUAUCGACUCGAUAACCUAUAUUGAGAUAUAUGUGGAAUCUAAAGAAAUUUCGAUAUGUUCUGAAAUACGACGUAAUAUUUUAUCGGGUAUUCAGGUUGCUUGUAAAACUCUCCAUUAUGAUAAUGAAGAACCAGAGCUUGCAUUCUUGUGCCCAGAUUCCAUUCAGAAGAAACACACUAGAGUGUUUAAUAAAGCUAAGUACAAUCGCCAUCCUGCCGUUCUUCUAGCUGGUAGUGGCUGGAUGAGGUGCACACAGCAUGAAGACAAUACCCACCCUCUGGAGGAAAAACACAGUGUUUGGAUUGUCGAUUUAAAUCAAGGUGCAUCACAAUCACCUGAGAUUGACUACUCCCAGACUGACUGCUCAAAUGCUUACACCACCAUGGUUAAAUGCAGUGUCAGCCUCAACUAUGCCAUGUCCAAAGAGCCACUCUCGCUGGCAGCUGCUCUGUUUCGUUGUGGACUAAUCUCACAAAGUACCCUGAAUGAAACCGCAGAGUUGAACGAAACGAAAAGAAAUAAAGGGAGUCGAUUGUAUCGAGCGGUUUUGGACGAUAUUCAUAAUUUUCCUUCAAGAUUUUCUGACUUUGUACAAGCUCUGAGGGGUGAUAGGAUACUGUACAGCGAUGUAUUAGAAGAACUAGAUGGGGUUUUUGAACAGUACAUUCAAGUUUAGUGUUAUUUUUUUAUUUUUUAUACUCUGUUUGCCUAUUAUAAAGUACAAUGUAUACAUCAUUCUCCCCCACUUUGCAUCAAAUGUUAUCAUGCACCGUCAAUAAUAUUGUUGGGUAUAUCAAAA